AUGGUAGCGGCAAUUGCCAAUGGACUCGCUAAGGAUUCUAAGAGGUCUGUGAAUACUUCUGGCGCUGCUAAUAAGGCAAGCACUGAAGAAUUAGAGGACCUUUCAAUUAAUAAGCGAUUUUCAUUAUGGAACUUUUGGGUCUGUUCACUAUUUUUGAAGCUGUUGUUGGUGCCAGAUUACUUCAGUACUGAUUUUGAUGUGCACAGAAAUUGGUUAGCAAUUACGAAUGGAAUGCAUUUGAAGGAUUGGUAUUAUGAGCACACGAGUCAAUGGACUUUAGAUUAUCCACCUUUCUUUGCCUAUUUUGAAUGGUUCAUUUCUCAUCUCGUUCCAAGCUUUGUACGUAGAGAUGGUUGUUUGGAUAUAGUAGAAGUAGGGCAAUUCGGUUGGCCAACGGUUUUGUUUCAAAGAUUAACUGUCAUUUUCAGUGAGAGUUUGUUAUUCCUAGUGUUACAAAUCUACAUUAAUACUAGUGAAGUCGAGGAGCGAACCCAAAGUUUUAUAGUGGCUUCAAGUAUAGUGCUCUCGCCAGGGUUUCUCAUUGUAGAUCACAUUCAUUUCCAAUACAAUGGGUUCCUAUUUGCCAUUUUGGUUGCAUCUAUUGUCGCUGCAAGAAAUAAAAGAUAUUUAUUGUGUGCUUUAUUCUAUAGUAUCGCCCUAUGUUUCAAGCAUAUUUUUUUAUACCUAGCACCAUGUUACUUUGUCUUUUUAUUAAGAGUAUACGUUUUGAAUUUUGAAAACUUCAAGUUUAGGAGUUAUAAAGAUUUAAUAUUUUUGAUAAGGUGGAAAAAUUUGUGUCAAUUGGGUAUGAUUGUAGUUGGAGUAUUUUCCUUGUGUUUCGGACCAUUUAUUUUUGAUAUGCCCCAAUUGCUUUCUCGUCUAUUUCCUUUUUCUAGAGGAUUAACUCAUGCUUAUUGGGCACCAAAUUUUUGGGCCUUAUACUCAUUUUUGGAUAAAGUUCUAACAGUUUUCGCUUUAAGAUUGCAUUACGUACACAAUUUUGCCGCCAAAUUUAUAGCUCCGUCAUUACUUCCCUCUUCUAUUGAAGAAAUAAGACAGCGUAUUGCAGAACAUAACAAUGGGACAAAAGGACUGGUUCAAGAUGUCUUUUUCGUAAUACUACCACAGAUUUCUCCAAAAUUAACUUUCUUAUUGACUUUGUUUUAUCAAAUAUUGGCCGUUAUUCCAUUAUUAUUUGAUCCAUCCUUCAAAAGAUUUAUGGGAUCUUUGACAUUAUGUGGUAUGGCAUCUUAUUUAUUCGGCUGGCAUGUGCAUGAAAAGGCUAUAAUGUUGGUGAUUAUACCUUUCUCUUUCUUGGUAGUAUUUGAUAGAAGAUUGCUGAUUUCCUUCACCUUAGUUUCAUCGGCGGGUUAUGUUUCAUUGUUCCCAUUACUGUACGAAAAUGCAGAUUUCCUAAUAAAGACUUUAUAUACAUUUGUUUGGUGUACCAUUUAUUUUUUUGCAAUUAGAAAAACCACCAAGUUAUCGUCAAGCGUUGAAAGAAGGAGAUUUUUCCUUGACAGGAUUGCCAUUAUCUAUAUUUGCUUGAUGCUACCGACAGUUUUUAUAAUCCACUUUUUUGAUGUUAUGAAGUGGAAAUAUCCUUUAUUCGAGAAAUUUGAAUUCUUGGGUUUAAUGACCUAUAGCGUAUACUGUGGGAUUGCAAUUCUAAGUUCAUGGAUUGGUUUAUCGUGGUUAUAUAACUUUGAUGAACCUCUAUGGAUGUAA